CCAGCCUCGAUUUGAAGAGUUGAGCAUGAGAAAGAGGUCAAUACAAUUCAAAAUGGCGGACAAGCUAGAAGAAAAAAUUACUAGGAUCAGGAAGGAGAGAUCAUUCCCAGAGAUCCCGGGAGUUCCAAACAGAAGUGAACUCAUGAAGCCGCUAAUAUUCCCAAACAGUCAACGAGGCUUCAAAAUAUUUACUUACCUGGCUACCUUAGGAGCUGGAUUGUAUUGUGUAUUUAUACCUGAGUAUGAUGGAGAUCACUGCUUUGUUCCAAUACGUGAAUGGGUACAGAAACAGAAAGGAAAAUUUUUGAAAAUCCGUCCAGAGGAUGAGGAGUAUGUGAAACAGCGGACAGCAGAGAUGGCAGAAAAAGUUGCUAUGGCAGCAAAACAAACAGCUGGGGAGACAGGGGAGAAAAUUGGAAAGUCAUGAGUAAAGAAACUUUCCAACCAAAAUGUAAGAUCAUCAGAAAGAGUGUACGCAAAAGAGACUUGUGGUAUUUAAUGAGGAACAUGAUGCAUUUGGUUUUCAAGUGAAUUUGCAUAGAUUUGAGGAACAAUUUGUAUGGGCAGAGUACCAGAAGUGUUAUGUCAAGGACACAGCAGAGCUGUUAGUUGAGAUAUCUUGCUCAGGCCAGUUGACUUUAGAAUGGACAGAUGCCAGCUGUAGAAAUAUGAAAAGAGCUCAGUCCAGAGUAUUUCUUUUAUAAAAAUCAUUAAUCAUUUGAACCUUGAGAGUGACUAGCAUCUAAUUUCUCCUUACAUAAUUCCACUGAAUCAUUCCUUAAGGUCAUGAGAAUAAUGGAAUUGAUCAUCAACAGAAGGAGCUUUGAUUAUUGGACGAAUUCUCCUUGUGAGUACCAAAGGAAACGUAUAGAGAACAGUAUGGAGAAUAUGCAUACUGAUGUUAGGGUGUGCGAUAUCUACAGAGCAAUUUCCCAUCAGAUUUUGAUGUUUUUUUAAAUUUAUUUAAACGUCAUUCUAAAUUUGGCCUGAGCGAACAAUUUCGCUCUUGACGAACGAUAUGCUGGCAAUUAUCUGUGAUAAAGAACGCGUAGCUCAUUUUAAGGUGAAGUAAACCGCAAACAAUUUAAUUUGGUUGUAUCAACUUUUAUUUUUAUUUAUUUUUAUUUACAAUUUAAUGACAACAUAUUAAACAAAAGAGAGAGAAAAAGGUAAAAAAAAAGAAAUGCCAUAGGGAUAGUCCGUAAAAGAGUCAAAGUCCCCAUGCUAGACAGACCACCCAGCUAAUGAAAAAUAUACAUAAUAAAUUUACAAGGACAAAGAAGAUAUAAAACUACAAUAUGCAAUUAAAUGGCCUCUAAGUUAUUCAAUAAAAAAAUUAUCACACCACGCUUAAAAAUU